CUCAGCUCGUUCCUCGAACCGUUUGAUAUGAAAGUAUAAGUAGUCGGUUACUCAGCAGCGACUCCCAUCUCCACUCUCUUCAGAGUACUCCUUCUUGAGGUUGCCAUGACUGUCCACGGCUCCUGCCUCUGCGAAAGCGUGAAAUAUGAGAUCGAGGGCGACCCUUUCAGAUUCAAUGUCUGCCACUGUGCCAACUGUGCGAAGAUCGUUGGAGCCGCUGCUGGUAAUUUCGUCUUCUUUAGAGAGGAGCAAGUAACUUAUUCGGAGAACCCCUCCGGCAUUAUCACCACUUACGAAGACAAGAAACUCGAAAGUGGCAACACCCUCUUCCGACGAUUCUGUAGCAAGUGCGGCUCGACAUUGUUUGUCACUUCGUCGAAGUAUAACGGUGUUAUCAUUGUGCCGUAUGGAGGGUUGGAUGAUGCACCAAAGGAGUGGAAACCGACGAAUGAGGUGUGGUGCAGGAACAAGAAGGGAUGGCUUCAAGACACGAUCCCUGAACAAUCUUAUUGAGGUUGAGCGUGUAUCGUAGUAGCAGUUUGAUCAUGCGACCACGUAUCUUUCGUCACGGUUCAAAGCAUAAGCAUAGCAGCGAGACCAAGGCAAUGCGCGAUGUCCAUGGACGUCAGAGC